CGGCGCCCGGCGGAGACCCCCGCGCCCGCCCCCCUUCUCCCCGUCGAGGCUCGGCCCGAGGGCGGCGGCGGCUGUGACAGCUUACAAAAGUGACCAGUAAAGUUCUCUCUGAGCAGCCAAAAAGCAGACAGCUCAUGACUUCUGAUCAGGACACUAAAGUUGUGGCUGAACCGCAGGUGCAGCAAGUACAAGAAGUUAAAGACGGUUCUCAUCUGGAGUCAGCCAAGGUUUCUGAGUUAAAUCCGAAUGCAAAGGUGUGGGGAAAUCAUAUGUUACAUUUGGAAGCAAGUGGUGCCACUGAUGGUAGUGUGAGCAAAACGUGGGAAGAAAUACCUGACCAGCCUCCAGAUUCAUGUAAAGAAGGACUGGAUGCUAAAGGAGAUGGUGACAAAAAGCAUCAGAAUGCGGUGCUGACAGAGCUGCAGGAGUCAUCGCCAGCUGUUUUGGUGUCAGACCAGACAGAUAUGAACUCUUUGGCUCUUGAUCAUUCUGAGUAUGAGUCUAUGCAUGAAACUACUCAGACAGGUGGAAAUGAACAGUUGCUGCCAGAAGGUCAGGAAGAUCUACGAGAAUUACUGAAAAAAACACUGGAAUUUUGCUUAUCUAGAGAAAAUCUUGCCAGUGACAUGUACCUUAUAUCACAGAUGGACAGUGAUCAGUAUGUGCCAAUAAUGACAGUAGCAAACCUCGAUCAUGUCAAGAAACUCAGUACUGAUAUGGAUUUGAUUGUUGAAGUGCUGAGAUCGUUGCCUUUAGUCCAAGUGGAUGAGAAGGGAGAGAAAGUUAGGCCAAAUCAGAAUCGCUGUAUUGUGAUUUUACGUGAAGUUCCUGAAUCUACCCCCAUCGAAGAGGUUGAAGCACUUUUCAAAGGUGAUAAUUUGCCUAAGUUUAUCAACUGUGAGUUUGCCUAUAAUGACAACUGGUUCAUCACAUUUGAAUCGGAGGCCGAUGCACAGCAGGCUUACAGAUACCUUAGAGAAGAAGUGAAAACUUUCCAAGGAAAACCCAUUAAGGCAAGGAUAAAAGCAAAGGCAAUAGCUAUAAACACAUUUUUGCCAAAGAAUGGAUAUAGACCUCUGGAUAUGAACAUCUACACGCAGCAGCGUUACACAACAUCCUUUUACUUACCUCCUGUAUACAGUCCCCAACAGCAGUUUCCAUUGUACAGUUUAAUUGCUCCACAGACCUGGUCAACCACGCACAGCUACCUUGACCCUUCAUUGGUAACACCAUUUCCAAAUACUGGAUUUAUCAAUGGGUUCACAUCUCCAACCUUCAAACCUGCUGCUUCUCCUCUGACUACACUCAGACAAUACCCUCCCAGGAACAGGAAUCCUAGCAAGUCCCAUAUACGACAUACAAUACCCAGUGCAGAAAGGGGACCUGGGCUUCUAGACAGUCCUACAAUAUUCAACUUUUCUGCUGAUCGUUUAAUCAAUGGCGUCAGGAGUCCACAGACGCGGCAGCCAGGACAAAACAGGACACGGAUGCAGAAUGCUACUACGAGUUACACCAAGAGGGAAGUAGGAACUGGACGGAUGGAGCAGACCAGCGUUGACUCGUCUCCUGGUUUAGGUCGAGGAAGGAAAAACUCAUACGGCUACCGAAAGAAAAGGGAGGACAAGUUCACAAGAGGCCAAACACAGUCUCCGCCACCCCCAAAACCUCCAUCUCCUAGCUUCGAAUUGGGUUUAUCUAGCUUUCCUCCAUUACCUGGGGCUGCUGGCAAUUUAAAGACCGAAGACCUUUUUGAAAACAGACUGUCCAAUGUGGUAAUAGGAACGUCAAAAGAAAGAAACAUUAAUGUGGAUGCAAGUACAAACACUACUCCAUCGGGAAUUCCUCGUGAGCCACUGUUGCCAGCUGCUUCUACAUUGCCCAGGACGUUUGAAAGGUCUCCUUCACCACCCCAGUCUUCUGAGGACUCCAAGGUUGUGGAUAAACAGCAGAGAGAGACACAGAGUACAGAAAGGCUUUCUUCUUCCACACUCAGUACUGCAUGUAAAUCGGUACAAGUCAAUGGCGCUGCCAUAGUUUCACAGGAACUGCGAAAACCUAGUUAUGCAGAAAUUUGCCAGAGAACAACUAAAGAUCCUCCUACAUUGCAACCACAGAAAGAACAGAAGCCAAACACUGUAGCAUGUGGGAAAGAAGAAAAAAAGCCCACGGAAACAAUAGAGAAAAACAGAGAACCUCCUCCUGCAAAGUCGCAUCCAGGACAACCCAAAGACCAGAGAAGACAGUCAGGACGCAGAUCGUCCCCUCCAGCUGUUGGCAAACGCUUAAAUAAAGAACAGAGUACCCCUCCAAAAUCUCCUCAGUGAAACUAGCACCUGGGAGGGAUUUAAAGAGGUCUGCUUCCCACAAAUUAAACCCAUGUUCCCACUAAGAUACCUGAGAAUGAGUUGCUGGUUAGGAGCUUGCAGUGAUACCAGGCAUAUAACAAUGCCUGCAAGUUAUUUUUCUGUGAAAUCCUUUUUCCCCUCUUGAACAAACAUUCUAUUUUUUCUGGAUAUUUCUGGAUAGUUGUUCUAAACCUUACAUUUAGGUUGGUGCUUAAUUGGAGGUGAAGCUUAGUGUGAUUAUUUUUUUCAGGAUGUAAAAUAUUUGUCUUUAAAAAAAAGAAUCAACUUUUUAUUAAGCCUCUCUGUGGCUGUGUGAGUGCAAGCUCUGUAUAGUGAGUUUUUUUCUAAACUGUUAAGCAGAAAUGUGCUGCUGCAAUAUUUUUAAUAAACUGGUCUGCAAGUACAUAUCUAAAGUGUCCAAAAGACUGAUAACGGCAGCUAGUGUGUAGAGUGCAAGAAGUAGGUAUAUUUUACAAAUUAGUAUGUGACCUUUUUUUUAUUGGGCUGCUGUACUAAACGUCAGCAAAUGAACUUGCACUUUUAGGAUAAACAAGUAGUUGUUUCUAGCAUUUUUAAAACCUAAUCUUUUUUUGAUGUUUUGCACACACAGAAUGAAUCCCACGGAGCACCAUGGCAGUCUUUCUAAAACACUUCCUUAUUUUGACUUACUGCAAGCAAGUAACCAUCUUCUCACUCCAGAAUAAAACUGAUAUUAUAAUUUGCAAAUACAAAGCACAUUGUGAAUAGAAAGAACUAAGUCUGUGAGCUUCUAUGGUGGUGAAGCCUACUAGUGGAUGUUAUCAGGAGAAAGCACUGUAGCCUUCUUGUGAUAACCUUAGCUUCCCUGUGCUUGUAAGGGAGUUAACUGAGUCAGCGCUGUAUGUUCUGGUUACCCCUGUGCUCUGUGUAGACUUUUUCAUUUUUAAAUUCUGCCCCAAGUGCUCUUUGAAAGAGUUCAUAUCUUAGUCAGCCUCGUGUUGACGCCUUCCUGUAACUACAAGCAUUGGCAUACAGAUUGAAAUUUUUCAAGACGUGAGAUAAUGGUGUUUGUUUUGUGUGGUGGAGGAAGAGAUCCCUGAUAUUUACCUCUGGGAUGAGGUUUCUCACACUUAUUUACUUUAGAAGUGAUGCGCUUUCUGAAGGACAAGGAUGCACUAAAUUAGCAAGUUUCUAAUAAAGUUGAAUAUAAAUUAUUUUUCUUUCAAAAAUGCCUAAAGCUUUUCUUUAAGUGUUUAAACUGCAGGAAGUUCAGACUAAACUCAUUCCUGCUGACUAUGACAGUACAGUUUAUUCCACAAAAAUGUUUAUUUAAACAACUGAUUUUUUUAAGAAUUAUUUCCAUCCAAUAUUUAAAGACUUGAAUUUUAUUUAAACUUGAAAAUGACUUUGCCUUAACUUUUGUACAAGACAGCUUAGAGUUAAUGAGGUCUGACCCCAUUGAGGGUUAGCGUGAGUGGAAUACAGAAUUACUCAGUUACAGUAUGUAUCUAUUGUCACUGGUCUUACUGGGUAAACAUACUGUAGUACAGGAACUAGCAGCAGUUUUUGUAAUAUACCUUAAAGAUCUUAAACAGUUGAUCUUUUUCAGAUUGUUGAAAAAUCUGUAAAUGCAAAUAGUCAAUACUGUAUUAAAUAUGUGCACUUGGAAGUGUGUGCUUUGCUUGUACAGUUGUAAAUAAUCAGAACAUAUAAAAAGGUACCCUAAAGAAAAAAUCUGAUAAAAAAUUAUUGAUAUUAUAAAUGUUGCUGUUGAGCUGGAUGUAGAUAAACUAAAUGUUGUGGUUUGAAUAUUACUUUAAUUUGUUGUUUUUUCUUUUCCUUAUUUUAUUCUGGUGUGCUGAACUGACUCUGCCUCUUCACUGCAAAAGGGAAAUGGAACGAAAGUCUUAUUUGAAAGCCCUCGAGUGUUUUCCGAACCCUCUAAAAAGUGAUUUAACCAAUUCAGAAGUGUUCUGCAAUGUAAAUAGUGAAUCUUAGCAGUGAAGCUGUAAUUUUAAGUCAUUAAUAAAAAAUGAAAUGGAAUUGGGAAAAAAAUCUUAGACUGCUAAGAAAAAUAUACACGGAAGCUUACUUGUCUGCUUUCAAGAAUAUCAGUGCUUUCCUCAGCGUAUGAUUCAUAGAACUGUAAAGUAACUCUAGAGGUAACUUCUGACAAAUUUCCUGUUAGGAGCAUCAGUCGGUAACUAGUUGACCUUUAAAUCCAGCCUGUUGUAUGCUGCGGAAUUGGUUGAAAUAGGGCACGCUGGAACCCAUUGAUUUUCCUUGUUUAAAAAGCACACUUUGUGAAUACUGUGGAAGGAGAUAGGACUCUUGACAACAUCACCAAAACAGCUCAACUAGUUCUGUCAUUGGAUUUUGAUGCGCUUAUCCUUUCCCCGGUGGCAGUGAAAGUGGUAGCUAGAUUUGUGUAUGGUUAAGGCUGGCUGUAUGGUUCGUUUUGUUUGUCUGCUGAAAGUGAAGGGCUUACCAGCUGCAAACAAUCACAAGUGGUUACUUACAGACUGUGUACAGCUAGUCAUAAUGCUCAACUGGUACAUAAGGUAAUCUCUUGAGACCAGCAGGAUGUGUUGUGCUGUUCUAAUGUAUUCUGCUGCCAUUUGUGCUAGGUCAAUACACUGUAAUUACUGCUUACCCAGCAACAAUCAGUUGCAUCGAAAGUUUAAAUCUUCCUCUGACGUGGUUUUUAUAGCUUUUUUAAAAAAAAAGAAAAAAGAAAAAGUGACAUGCCAAAUAGCUGUGUAAUGUACAACUUAUCCUACUGCAUUUUACUUUGGAGAUUUUUUUUCCACUCGAUGACAAAAUGGAGUUUUCGGAAUAGAGUUGUGAAGUUGCAUGCAGACUGUUGCUACGGUGUAUAGCGAUGUUAAGAUGUGGCUUUUAAAUGGAAAAACCUCCCAAAAGCAGUAGCUGAGAUAAAGGUCUGAAGAUACAGUAAUUAAAAUUGGCAUUUUACCUUGUAGGAUUAUGUGGUGCUGCUUUUCAUUUUGAAAGCAAUUUAAAUGGGAUCUGAGACUCUUCAAGGAAUGAAAAGAAAAUAAAACCAACAAAAGUUGCUUUUAAACUUAAAUCUUGUUUCAGACCAGACCCCCCACUGACAUUUGUCGCUUGCCACGUGGCAGUGUUUUAUGUUGCUGCAUUAUCCUUUUAAAGACUUGAGCAGUUGUCACAGAAAGACCCUUGUUUGAGUGUGGUGCAGUGUAUCACAAGCAACAGCUGACUGUAAUGGUGCAUACCUAUCUCUGUAUCUCCUUCAGCUAGUACAGUUAGGGAUUUCAUGUGCUUUGUAACCUAUUACACUAAUAGCAGCAGACAAUCGAAGAUUUCCAAGGAGACCUAACAGCUGCCAAUUCGUGAAAUACAAGUGUAAUAUGGAAGCCUUCUUGAGGGUUUUUUGUUUUUGUUCUUCUUCCAUUAAGACUGGAAUCAAGCUUACAUGUAAACUAUCAGUAAUUUAAGUUUCCUUUUGUGUCAUAAAAUGUAAAACUGUCUAAUUUGAAAAAAAAAAAAAAUGUAGGUUAUGAAAAAUAAAGAUUUAGGCACUGUUGAA